UUUCCUGCUACGAAGCUAGAUAAACAAACAAAAGCAAUACAUUAAUUAAAUAUAUUAACGAGUCUGAGGUCAUUUUUCAUUCCUCCUAUGUAAAGAUAUGUCUACCAGGAACUCUAUGUUUUCGUGAAUCCUCUACAAGUGAAGGCUAAUACAGAUUGUCAGGUUGUGGGAACCUUGGCGCAGGUUUUAACCCGAAGUGCUCUCCUUUCAUCUGGUCUUCAUGGCGUGGGCUCUGAAGCUUCCUCUCACGGACGAGGUGAUCGAGUCUGGUUUGGUGCAGGAUUUCGAUGCCAGUCUGUCGGGCAUCGGGCAGGAGCUCGGGGCGGGGGCGUACAGCAUGAGAACAGGGUCUCCAGGGUCUUCAGGGUCUCCAGGGUCUUCAGGGUCUCCAGGGUCUCCAGGGUCUCCAGGUCCAGACCGUGACCCCCCAGCUGGUUCUGAACUCUCAGGGUCAGAUCAUCGCCACGCUGGGAAACGGAUGUGCUGUGACGUCGGCUGCAGUUCUGCCCAAAGUCGCUGCUCCUCCAACAUUCACCAAACCCAUCUCACAGGUACAGCCUGUCUGUGAUUGGGUGGAAUACAAAGUGGUUUCUGCUUUGAAACAGACCGAAAGCUACUGAAAGCUUAUAAAGUGGUGCAGUGAUGACGUAUUUUUGUAGGCCGCAUGGGUUCCCUCGACAAAAAAAGCA